GCGAUUCUCAAUCUGCCCAGGGCGAGGGCAAGACGCACUGCAAGAACGCGCGCGAGUUCAGACGACGCGUCUAAAGUGCACGCAACAUCGCUGUCUGCGCGGAAGAACGUGAUAGGGGAAGAACGAUCUCUAUCAAAAAGUGUCUUCAUUUUCAGCAGCCCUUUGGAGAACGCCAACGAAAGAAAAGGAAGAAGACAGCGCGAGGAAGCUUUCAAGAGCGCGCGCCAAAGUUUUCCAUCCGCUCCGUUUUUUGUUUUAGUUUUAUUUCGUUUCUCCAAAAUGAAUGCCGGCGAAGAAAACUUGCUGAAAUCGAUCAGCAACGACACCCUGCUGGACCUGACACAGCGCUACGGACAGUCCGCCUUCGGCUUCGGCGCUGGCCAUGGUGCUGGGAGUCCUCGCCGCUUCUCCCUCACACCUGCCGCGGAUUUCCUCUCCGGUCAAACGGGAAAGUCGAACGAAAGCGGCGGAGAGCAGACCAGCGAUGAAGACGACGGCUUCGACCACCUCGAGUCUCGUAAGAGAGGCGCGGGCUUCGACGAAGAGAAGCAUCCGAGCGCGCUCUCCAAGAAGCCGAAGGAGCAGAGAUCUCUCCGGCUGAGCAUCAACGCGCGCGAGCGGAGACGCAUGCACGACCUCAACGACGCGCUGGACGGCCUGAGGUCUGUGAUCCCCUACGCGCACAGUCCGUCUGUGAGAAAACUCUCUAAAAUCGCAACUUUGCUUCUUGCAAAAAACUACAUCCUAAUGCAGGCGCAGGCGCUGGAGGAAAUGCGCCGGCUGGUGGCGUAUCUGAACCAAGGACAGACUAUAACUUCGCCGAUUCCCAGCGCGCUCGCGCCUUUCGGACAGGCGGCCGUGUAUCCGUUUUCGAGCACGGCGCUGGCCACCUGCGCGGAGAAAUGCAGCUCGUUCAACGGGACCCCGUCCAACCUGUUCAAACACUGCAACGACAAGCCUUGACUUCCACGCGCUGAACUCUUCCUGCUUCAUCCUUAUGUUGCUCUGAAUUCGCGGUGUUUUGUUGGGAACGGGCUUGGGCUUAGGUCAGAUUCAAACCCCCUGCUGUGUGUCUAAGUAACUACGAUGAUUUAUUAGAUAAUACAACAAAUAAUGUUAACCGAGGGACACGGUAUCUCUGGAGCAAGCUUUAAACCCCUCAAUUUUUAAAAGCCUUUUCCCUUUUAUCCCAAGUGAUGGAUUGAAAAUGAUUCGUAUUUGUGUGAAAAACUAACAAGCAAACAAUAAAUUCUAUGUUCACAGCUUGCGGAGGACUUAUUUUUCAGUUCAAACAUUUUCUCUUUCGGUUUCAGCGUUGCUGGUGAACUAUGCAAUUUACUGCAAUUGCCCACAAACAGUACUUUCUUAAAAACCUGAGUCAGAAAUGAAUAAACGGAAGCUGAGCUGUCUCACCUCCACCGGUGUAUUAGGAAACACGGUGUAACAUUCUCAAAUGUUUGGCCUAGAAAUAUUUUGUUUUUGUUAUUGCACAAUUCACUUGAUUGUAUUGUACAACUGAAGAAUAGGUACUUGAUCAAGCCUACAAAGUAUUUGAUCUGGUUGCGACAUGAGUUUCAUACUGUAUAUUGUUUAUAUGUCUUUAUAAUUAAAACAUAUUCUACGACCAUCUCUGUUGUUUUCUCCCAAACAUACAGUAUAUGCUCACAUUAGUCAUUCAAUUUCUUUUCAAACUGUUUUAAAGAAAUGAAGAAUCUUUGCUGGAGGAAAACGUGAAGUGUUUGAAAGUUUUUUGUUUUUACAAAUAAUGCGACCUUUGACAUGAACAAACUUUGGAUUAUGGUUUAUUCAUAGACCUCAUGUGUACUGCAGACAGGUCAGUUUU